UUGGCACCUACUAUACUGUGACCUAUUGUUCUUAGCUCUACCUUCCGGAGGAUUUCUUCUAAUCACUCUUCAUCUUCUAACAUGCAAAACAUCUUCUGUUUUUUUUUCUAGCUCUUCUUGAUACAUGAUAUGCAUGUAUUUGUACUGUAAACCACAAUAUUGAUUGAAAGUGAUAGCCAUCAAACAUAACUGUUAGAUGCUUCUGGCAGGAGGAGACUGUUGAGUGAACUUGGCAGUAUUAUGGGAUCAUGUGUGAAUGAAAGUGGGAUGAGCUAAUUUGGCAAACUGUGUGCAGAUGAUUUGGAAGAGAUCACCAUAUUCUUUGGCUGGGAGAGAAGCAGUCAUUGUAUUUGCAGCUCGUACUAGCAAAGAAACUGGUCUGUAGCACUGUGAGGAAAAAAAGCUGCUAUAUACUCCAGUGCUUCUGAUCACUAACAAGAUGCAGUCCUAAAAUUCACAGUUCAAGUGAAAUUCAGUCAAGUGACACCUCACCCUCAGCUGUUGAAAAUGUCUCCUCAGAAAUCCUGAAUUCACAAAGCAUUACACAAAACUAACAUUUCCAUUUAAAGAGUAUCCUACUGUUUUUAGAAAGAUUCUUAUGUAUAUACACUUUUGUUUAAUGGACACGCUAGCUAGAAUGAAGUCAUAGUUUGUUCCAAAGUCAGCAGAAGUUGAAUGGAAAGAAGCCUGUGCAAAGCCCUCUUUAAAAACUUACUGUGAGGAGCUGUUCUUGCAUCCAUUCCACAUUAGUACAGAAGUAUAUUCUAAGUGAAUGUCUGCUUCUGAGACAAUAAUGUAUUUUUUAAGCUACAGAUUUCAGAUUGAUCAUUUCCUUCAGUGGAGGAUAUAAGGUGGCAAUGCUUUUGAUUAUUAAUUUUUUCUAAAAUGAAAGAUUUGGAUGUGGUUGAUCAAAUUAGCGAUUCUACCUGUUACUGUGGAUCUCUUUGCAGUGCCCAAUUGUGGUUAGUUUGGUACUUAUUUACCUUCAGAAGACAUGUCUUAUUAGCUACUCAUCUUCUGCAGUGAAAGAGCUUUGUAGAAAUGCUCAGAUUAUUCAAAAAGGUGUUGAAAAGUCCUAUGUAGAAAAAAAAAAUGCUUUAAACCUGAGAAGGGACAGAGGCUGCUCAAGAAAUUUGAUUCCAGCUUAAAUGGAUGACACUACUUAUGAGAGGAAGCAGUUCCUUACUAGAACAAUGUAUAUGCUUCCAAGAUUUGAAGUCCUAGAGACCUGAUGUUUUUCCUGGGAUCUAGAAACAUGACCUUUCUGUGAGGGAGUUCAGUUACUCCUCUGGUUCUGAGCAAGCAGGAACUCCGGUUCUACGUGGUGUUUCCUGGAAUCAUAACUGGUUGGUGCAGCUGGAAAGUAAACUGAAUCUGUGUUCAGGCUCUUUUAGAAGUGUAUUUGUAGGUUUAUAUAUGACCCGACUUCUUGAAAGCAUUUAUCCUUCUGAAAUUGCUUAGCAGUGCCAGCAAAAGUCACUCGAGCGCUGUGCAGACCUCUGAAAACUAGCAUGGAACUUCUGUCUUGAACUGAGAGCCCAAAUGGUUGUGUGGCUCUUUUGAGGGAGUUGUUUGUUUUCUCUUGUUUCCCAGCUCCCUUGUGUUUCAGGGCUGAUUUUACGGUUGAUGUAAAUCAGCCCAGUACUAUUGACUUCAGACGGACAUGCCAGUUUGCAGUGGGGGCUCGGCUUUGUCCUGUGAAUUCGGUCAUCACGCUAUGAGAACUUCUCUAGGUAUUUGAACAGACAAGUGUUUUUGCUGAAUUGUUAGAUCUGUUUCUUCAGCUCACUGCUGCUGCGCGCUACAUGAGGUGCGUGGGACAGCAGCAGUCAAGAGGCUGUGGGAGUGGACGUCUCUCCUAACGGUCUUUUGAAACACAAUGGCACAGGACACAAGCCUUCGGCAUCCUGAUGCCUGCUGCAAUAGGCAGCAGUGGGCGCAGCACCGGGCCUUCCCGCGCCUGCAGGCUGCCUUGAGCCGCCGCCGCGUUGCUGUGGCAACCCGAGUGCGCAGCCUGGCGGGCUCUGGGCAGCAGGCCUUGGAGGCAGGUCUCUGUGGGGCCGCUGUGAAAACGAGAGCCGUAAAUAGUUGUUUGGUUAAUAACGUAUCUCUAAAAGCAUAUACAUUCUAAUUUCCCACUCCUUGUCACGCAAUAAUCUGUGUUGGGACUACUGAAAGCAAUUUGGAGGCUGUUUGGUAUUCUCUGGAAUUCAUUAACUUCGGUGUUCAAUUUCUUCAUAAAGACUGACCUAAAUAAUCCCUUCCUCUCUUGUCCCAUGCCACUUGUUUUUAUUCCCUACUUUCUCCUCAAUAGGCACUUCCAGUUCUGCCUUGCCAGCCUGCUGUCCUUGGGGCUGUGCUCCAAAGUGAUCAUGAAUGUGAUCCUAAACUCUCGGGACUGCUGCUAGUAACGAAAGAUAAUUGAAAACUGUACUCUUGUUAUUCCUGACCUUCACGUUAAGCAAAAAAAUACCUUGAGGGUAAAAGUAAAGGCAACAUCAGCUGGUGUGCUGGCCUUUCAGAUUGCACUGAACAGCACAGACACAAAGCCAAGCAUUAAACCAUCCCAAGGCUGGCAUCCUGAAUGAGAACUGCAUUUCUAGUCUGCUCUGUAGUUGAGGCAAUACAACAAAAGAGCUUUUUCACCCCUGCGAGAUUGAGAGCUCUUCAGACCAUCCAACGCCAGCUUUCAAUACAGAUCAUAAGGUGACUGGAAUUGCUAUUGAAACAGAUAAUAAAAAUGUAAAAGCAGAAGAGUUUAAAGAGGCUAUUCUUAGUUGCAAGCACAAAUUUUCAAAAGGGAUGAGUCUAAGAAUAGAAUGGAAGAAAAUCCAGUCCCAAGAAGUUUCAUUUGUUUACUACAACGGUGAAUUUACAGGUGAUCUUAAAGACCGAGCAGAGAUGCUGAAUACGGGAAUCCGUAUUAGAAAUGUGACUAGAAAGGAUUCUGGGACCUACCGCUGUGAAAUCAGUGCGAAGAGCGAAGAGGGGCAACGCCUGGGAGAGGCUACUAUUACUCUCACAGUAUUGGUUCCUCCCACUACUCCAAUAUGUGUGGUACCCAACUCUGCAAUGACGGGAACAGUAGUGGAGCUGAGCUGUAAGGAAGCUGAGGGGUCUCCUCCAUCCGAGUACCAGUGGUACAAGAAUGGCGUUGCCUUACUGGAAAAGACAGGAACAGGCAGUGCUAGAACAGCCAACAUAACUUACACCAUGAAUAAAAAGUCUGGCACUCUGAUAUUUAACACUGUUUCAAAGAAUGACACUGGAGAGUAUUUCUGUGUAGCCUCAAAUGGGAUUGGAUUACCUCAGAAAUGCUCCAUGAAGCGAAUGCAAGUUGAUGACCUUAACGUAAGCGGUAUCAUCGCUGCUGUAGUAAUUGUGGCUCUGGUAAUGGCACUGUGUGGCCUUGGAGUACUUUAUGCUCAAAAAAAAGGGUAUUUUACAAAGGAAAGCUCUUCCCAGAAGUCCAACUCUCAAUCUACAAGUGAAAAGGAUUUCAAGCACACCAAAUCCUUUGUUAUCUAGAAGAUUUCAGCCUCUGUGAGGGACAUCAAACAACUACUUGUUAUACAAAAAUAUCAAAGGCAUUUUUUGACCUCUACUCUGUAAAUAUUGUUUCCAUGUACUAUGCACUGAAAAUAGAAAUUGCUACUGUUUAGAUCUAGUCAACUUAAUUGUGUCUGAUCAUUGUUUUUUUUUUAACCCACCACAAAACUGCUUAACUUAAAGAUGCAACUAAAUGGAAUACACAGGUCAAUUUGUGUGACUUCUCAUUUUGUUGAUGUAUACAUGCAGCAAUACAGGAUUCACUCUUGCAGCUUGGAACAGUCUAUCCAAGUAACUUUCGUAGAUGACCUCCACCACUGUCAAAAGCUCAAAUUCUCCUGCAACGCUGACUUCAUUCUUACUCAUACGUCAACGUUAUAUUAGGUUUGACAGAGCCAUCUAGAAGUGCAGAAGUAGUUGCACAGACUUUAACUCACUAUCCAGGCAGGACAAAGCUGCUUGUAAUUGAGGCCGAAGCAUUGUUUUAUUGUCUAAUAUAAAAUGCCUACAGCAUCUCUUUUACAAGGAAGUACCUCUCUCUGUAGAUUGUGUAUGUAUAUAACUGUAUACAACUGUAUACAAAUGUAUACAACUACAGUUGUAAUAGCUGGACCCAAAAUGGUGAAGUGUUACAAAUAAAUAAUUCCUCAGAACCUUAA